AUGAUGGAGUCCAAGCUAAUGGGAAACAAGAUUGAGUGGCUGAAGAAGUGCACUUCAUGGGUUGCUGGUCCUUGUACAUCCUGGACCCCGAGAAGGAGAUCUUCACGGUCUUGGACCCAGCUGAGACACACCCUACUGAUGAGAUGGAAAGGAAGCACAUCGCCAAUGCAAAAAGAUUCUAGCUUCUAUUCUGCCAAUGCUUCAGAGACAUAUUCGGUGGCUGGUUGGUUGAAGUGGAAGGAUGGACUUUCCUGUAUGCCUUUAUGUCCCAGCAUGAUCCUUGCGCUAGGGAGGAGAGAAGCGUUUACAUUGUGCACUACAUCCAUGAGUUCAAUGGGCUCUACCUGCGAUCUAUCAUCAGAGGAUAAGUAUCGGGCAUCACAUUUUGAUGAAUGUUGUAGUAACUUGUGA